AUGGAGUGUCAGUCAAGCGACAGUAAGAAAUUAUUUAAAGUUUUCGAUGCAGCUAAACGCAAGAGGUCAAGAAAAAAGCAUGAAACCUACGAAGAUAGCAAUUCGGUAGCGACCGACGAGUCUGUUGGAGUAUGUCACGGAAAUGGUCGACGAGGUACCUCGACCAAGACUAGCUUGCAAGAUAUUCCCGCUAAAGCAAUAAAUCAGGAAGUAGCACCUACAAAAAGCAGUCCAUCAGUAUCGCAAUCCCAAGUUGGAGAUCGCCGGUCGCCAAGGUCGCCUCGAAGACAACGGAGAUCCAUGCGUGACGGAGUAUCACUUGCCUUGAAAGCUGGACUUGUCUCAACUCCUCGAUCGAUGUCUCCGGCCCAGGAUGCAGAUGAUGUCAUCGAUCCAAUUCCUAAAGAUCAAGAUUCCUUUAUUUAUGCCUUUUUAGAAGAAGCCAUCAAACGUGAUAAGAAAAAGCAGCGCCACUCCAAGAAGCAUGAGCAUCGUUGUAGUCGCGAUAGAGACUGUUCAGCUUCGAGGGAACGCCAUCAUCAUCAUAAAUAUCGGGAUGACUAUAAAGGAAGGGAAAAAGUUAAAGAAAAACCUCACGCACCGCCCGUCGAUCAAGGUGCUCUUCUUGAGACAUUCGCCAAACUGUGUGCUCAAAUGUCUGAAAAGACGAAGGCGAAUUACGAUAGCAAGCAAAUAGCCCGAACACAAAGUCAUAAAUCACUUCAAUGUGAAGUGGUUUCACGAAAAGAUUCAUACAAUGUUGACCAUCAUCGGCCAGUGCGACUCAGCCGCGAGCAAUCCAGAGAUGUCUCACCUGCCUACACUCGAAGCUAUGAAAAAUUCCGCCCUAAAGGUCAAAGCCGUGAAAAUAUCCCCACAGAUCGUAAAGAUAGAUGUGUUUGCUGUGUCAAAGACAAAGAACGCUAUUCAAGUAAACUUGACGUUAGCAGGAAAAUUAACGAUGAAUAUCCGCCUGAGCGGGUGCAAACUAGAAUAUUUGAUGAUGAAUAUUACAAAUCACGGCGUAGAGAUUACAAAGAUUACGAAGAAAGGGACAGAGAUACGGGAUCCCGUUAUUACGAGGACAGGAAACGUUAUUGCGAACAAAAAACCAGUAGAAGUUUUGAAGUACAAAAUGUUCACGACGAUGAUAAGUAUAGGCGUUCUGUUAGAAGUGAAGGAGUAAAGGAUAAAGAUUACGAUGACUUUAAAAGGAGAUUCAAUGAACGACAGAUUAAAGACAGAUACUAUGAUGAAAGAGAGAGGAGUUUCUCUCAUGUUCCUAAGGAAAGACGUUCGAGACGGAAUAUAGAAAGAUUUGAUAGGAGUUCUAUUGCGUCAAAAGAUGAGAAUUACAAGGACCGAGAGAGGUAUUCGGAGAGAGAAAGAGAUUGCCUAAGUGUGGCGGAUGGCGAGACUAGUACAAUAAGUGGAAGGAGUAAUUAUUUGAAAGUUGUCAAGCAAGAGAUAUCAGAACAAAGGGAGGCGAUGGACAAAAUGAUGCGACUAUGGAAAGAGCUGAUGCGGUGCUUCAAAGGCGCUUCACAAACACCAUGUCGUGACAAAGACCAGCAAGAGUCAGCUGAAAACAUGCAAGAAUCUGCAGCAGCCCAACUUCGUCUAUGGCGGGAAUGUAUGCGGCGGUACGAGACUGUCGCGAGGGAUGUAGGGGACACGGAUGCCCGGCUUAUGGAGGAAAUAAACAAGCAGAGAUCUGAAAUGUCCGAGAUGGCCAGUAUGUGGCAGGAAUGUCUUCAGCGAUACCGAGACAUGAGCAACGACUUUAACAGUCUCAAACAGCAGUUGGCAACAUCGGAAAGUCCCACUAGAGCCCCUCCAGCUCCUGUUGUGUGCGCCGAGGGCGAAGGAAUUCCACCCGCGGCGCCCUACCGACUUCCGCCCACUGGAUAUAUACCACCGAUGCCCCCCAUGCCCCCAUACAUGAACGGAUCGCCUCUUCGCCCGCGUGCCUCCGCUCCCCCUGCUUGGUGGUGGGGCGAAGGCCCGCAGCCUGCACGCCGGCGCUCUUCUCCCGACUCUUGUGCAUCCAGGGAACGUCGUCACCAUCACAAAGAGCGAGAGAGGGACUCCACCCGGUACAAAGAAAAAUCUAAACCAAGUGGCGCGCGGUCAGAGCAUCGUCAUCGCAAGAGAUAA